CAGUAUCCGGAAUUUCUUGGUUACACCCUCUUUUAUGUUUACAUACAUGGAUUUAUUUUAUGAUUGAAUUAUAUUUUAUGUAUAAUCCUGGUUGGUGCGUCUUCUCAUUUUUCGACCUAUUUAUAUUGUUAUUAAGCAAUCCACGCAGUCUAGCCUGAAAUUUGAAAUGCGGAAAAAGGUUGGAGACGUAACUGGACCUGCCUGUUCCAGCGGAUUCGCCCCUCUGUACACCCCUCAAAAGCCACCACCAGCGUUGAAGAAACAGAGAGAGCACUCGAUAACAUGUCUCAAGUGCAAGCGAACCUUCGCCUUGACCCGCCACUACAAGAAGCACAUGCAGGGCCACGAGAAGAACGACUGCAAGCUGUGCAACAAACUCUUCACCUGUCGAAAGCAACUGCAACGGCACAUGCGAGAAACGCACAACGAGAGACUCGUCGACUACGUGCACCACUGCAAUUUCUGCGACAAGAAGUUCACCCGCAGACACAGCCUGUACAGACACCUGCAGAUGCAUGCCGAGGACAAGCAGGUGUGCAACUUCUGCGGACACUUCUGCGACACCAAGGAGGAACUGGAGGCUCACAUCGAGCAGACCCACGAAGAGAGUCAGAUGAUGUGUUGUCCGCUGUGUCACCAGACCUUUUCCAGAAAGCAGCAAUACAACGCUCAUUUGCAGAGUCAUGAAAAGUAUCAGUGCUUGACUUGCAAACAGGGGUUCUCCGCUUGGAGGGUGUUGCAAGAGCACCAGCAGAGUGGUCACCAGGUUUGCACCGAAAAGCCCAAGCACAAGUGUGGCAUUUGCAAUAAAAAAUUCAUUCGAGUCUCUGCCCUUGAGCAGCACAGCAAAAAACAUUCAAUGGAUAAAAAAAUUAAAUGCAAACCCUGCAACGAAUUGUUUUCCAACCUGAGUGCCUACGAGAACCACUUGACCUUGGAGGGCCACAAAUUAGCCAUGGAGGCUAAAAAUUGCAUUCAAGAGAGCAAGUUCCAGUGUGCUGUCUGCACCAAAGGCUUCCAAAAUAAAAAAGCUGUGACUUCCCAUUAUGACCGAGUACACAAUUUGAAAGCAUAUGAAUGCUGCACUUGUAAUUACAGAACUAAAUUCAAAACGAAUCUCAUCCGCCACAUCAAGUUGCACUUCAAUGACCGCUCUUUUGUCUGCGAAUUGUGCGGCUCGGCGUUUUUCAACUUAUCCGCUUUGAAAGACCACCACACUUUCCUUCACUCGGAAACAAGAAAUUUCGUCUGCGGCCAGUGCUUGAAAACUUUCAAAAGAGCAUCCGAACUUACACGGCACAUGACGAGUCACUCCAACAGUCGCCCCUAUUCGUGCACAUUUUGCGGAAAGACCUUCAAACGAAGCUCGCACCUAAAAAGACACCGAGAAAAAUGUCACAACGAACAAAGUGUCGUGCGGACUGUUGAAAGAUUUGUCAAAGAUGAAAAUGGGGAGUUUGUUUUGACACCUUUGGCGCGCAGCAAAAGUAAGAAGAAGCCUCAGACAUCAAUUCCUGACAAAACCAGUGAGCAAGCAGAACUUGUUGACGCUGACGAAAGAUUCGAUGACCUUUCUCCGACUCCAAUUGUGUCUGAUGAAGUCAGCCACUACUACAUGCACCUCUCUACAGAAGGUGGCCACGACCUGACGUACAUUCCGCAUCAGAACGACCAGCCGAUAGACCUGGAGAUGCCCAAAAACUACACUUGCUCUGAUUCAGUCACCCUCGAUCUUGCCAAGCCCAGACAUCAUUUCCAGGCUGCUGAGUUUUGCAGCUCUCUAGAUUCAGACACCCGCUUUCAGGAUUCUGUGAUGGAGGAGUUUGUUCAGAGACACCAAGCAAGGGACUCACCCCUUUACCUGGCUGACCUCAGCAGAUAUGGUGAUUCGCAAAUUUUGUUGCUGCCGGAUUUUGGCAGAAAUCAAGGGGACGUCCUUUUAGGCAGGGACGAGCACAACCUGUCAAUACCAGUUGAAUUGACUGCUGAAGACCUCCGACACCUGCAGCAACACCACUUUGGCCUGUAGCUAAUUAUGAACUUAGCCUUAAUAUACGAAAGAUAAAAAAUAUACUCAACAGAAAAUUAUAUCAUGCUGUUAUUCAUUAAAAUAAAAAUUGCUUGUGCUUAGUUUUAGUCAUAUUAUAAUAUUUUUAUUUUUGAUUAGUAAAAAAUGUUCAAUUUUAAUUCAUUGUUCAAAUAUAUGUUUGAUUCAAACAGAUAAUUUGAUUAAAAUUGUACUAUGUUAAAUACAUCUUAUAUAUUUUUAAAAGCCU